AUGUCAUCGUUACCAACUUCAGAUGGAUUUAACCAUCCAGCUCAUUCUUUGGGACAGAGUCCUGAGAUUGAUAGUCCUCCGAGUCUUGCUCGCUCUGUCUCUGCUUCAGUCUGCCCUAUCAAGCCCAGUGACCCAGAUAGCAUUGAAACUACAGCUGUGAAGGCUGUGAAGGCUUCAGCUGAGUUCCACAUGAAUUCUAAAGAGAAAGACACUCUUUCUCCACAGGAUCUUCCUGACCUCGCUCCCUCAGCAGACCAGACUCCAGUUAUGCCUUUGCAUAAUUCAUCUGAAGAAGCAGUCAUUACAGAUACUCUGCAGAAAUCUGAAAAAAACACCCAGGGCCUCGAAUUUUAUUUCCACACAAGACAGGAAGCUAGUUUAUCUGUCACAACUACUACCAUGCAUGAAUCACUGACAUUUGUAGGUGAAAAGAAUUGGCACCCAGAAAAUCAGAGCCUGAGUCAAAUGAAUGGCCUUCAGCAGCACCACGAGCCAGGGAGUGAACAACAUGAGGUGGCACAGCAGAGAGCUCCAUGGGACAGAGGACACCUCUGUGACAUGGGGGACCUUGAGCUUCAUGAGGAAAGACAAGAACAGCCAAAAUUUGCUGAUAUGGAAGCUGCAAUGAAAGAAGCUGGGCAUCAAGAGAGUGUCCUUCCAGGUGCAGGAUGCUUUAGCUGCUCUGAUGCAGACAUUCUGAUGGAAGUAGAUGUCGUUGAACAGUCCCUAACUACUGUGCUUGAUUCAGCAGGCCAUGUGAGCACCAGGAUCAAGAACACUGACGUAUCGGAUCUUGCCUCAGAUAGUCUUUCAAUGGAAGUAGAACCAUCAAAACAAGACUCCUCAGAAAGUUUCAGUGAUUCCAUCUGCACUCAGGAUUUGCAGCCAGCUGGAAUUAAUGUUGAAAUAUCUGGAACAAAUAAAGAAUAUGGCAAUUACUCCCCCUCUUUAAGUUGUCAGCCCUCCAUGGAAUCAGAAGAAUCUUGUUCAUCUGUAACAGCAGCCUUGAAAGAACUUCAUGAACUUUUGGUCAUCAGUAGUAAGCCAGCCUCAGAAAAUGCAUCUGAGGAAACUACCUGCCAAUCAGAAACAGUAGCUGAGGACCAAACAAGUAUUGAGGAUCUAUCAGAAAAGUGGAUCCAGUGUGAGCAUCUGACCCACUGUGACCAGUGUCCUCAAGUCUCCUGUCACCAGGCCAGUUCUGAUGGCCUAUCAGUGAAGACAGGAAACUUAGGCUUAGAAGAUGGAGAAAAUACUUGCUUUGGAGGUCCAGGUGGCGAUCAGUCAGCUGACAAGGAGGGGGUCCCCAGGUCUAGGGGGUCAAUAAGCGAGAGGAGUUCUGAUACUGUAACUUCAACUAAAUCAUCUAACCAAUUACACUGCACCUUAAGUAUUGUCCCUGGUGAAGGGGGUGAGGGGGGUGCACUCAGUCAGACUUCUGAGCAAACUAAGUCUUUGCCCUCCGGUUUCAUACUGGUUAAGGACUUGGGUCAGGGUAGACAUAAUCCAGCAAUAGCCAGGCCUGAAACUGGAGAAAACAUCUCUCCUGAAGCUACAAGGUCAUUGCUUGAAUUGGAACCACCUACCAGCCAGCCACCAUCAAGUCCCUCCACUCUUCCACCAUUCAUCUUUCCUGCUGCAGAUAUUGACCGGAUUCUCCGUGCAGGCUUUACUUUGCAGGAAGCACUUGGGGCUUUACAUCGAGUUGGUGGAAAUGCAGACCUUGCACUUCUUGUUUUGCUAGCAAAGAACAUUGUAGUUCCUACAUAACUAUGGGAAAUGGGCUAGACCGUACUUCAUUCCCUUACACAAACAAAGCUCUAUAUACACACAUACACACUCACCACAUACACAGUAUAUGUAGAAACCUGCAAGCAGAAUGUUGAGCCAGACUUUUUUUUUUUUUAAGAUUUUUUUUUCCGGCCAAAGUAAUUUAUGAUCUCUUGUCUGAUGAUUUUUUUGUCUAUUCUACUUGUUAAGAUUUGGGCCUUUUUAAAUGUAUUGGCAGUUAUGUGCAUACAAAAGCUUUUUAUUCUCAUUAAGAUGAUGUAUUCUGGAAUAAAAUGAAUGGUUUUGUGUAUAGUAUACCAUUUUAGAAUGAGAGUGAAUGCUUUGAAAAGCAUGAGAAAUUAUGAAAACUCCUACAACCCAUGCAGCUAGAAACAGAUCCACUUCCACACUGGCUGUGUGUGUGUGCUGUUGACAGGGUACAGUUGAUUGACUCAGUUAAACUGUCAGUUUAGAAACUUAAACAAUCGUUUGGUGUUUGAAAUUAAUACCCAGUGUCUGUGUAUGAUGAUUCACCAGUUAUAACAGGAAAUGGAAGAUAAUUCAAUAACUCCUAGAGUCCUAUGUUUUUAUUUUGUGUGCUCAGGGUUUGAUAUUUUAAUAGGGUGAGUGGGAGGGCUCAAAAUUCCUCCUAUAUAGGGGUCACAGGCUGCUGUGUGGAUGGAUGGCUAAAAAUCUUUCUUAACAUUGGGUGGGGUAUAUUAUAGGGGAAUUAACUGAAAAAGUGGUGCUACCCAGAUUUAAAAGGGAACAGGGAUAAAAAAACAUUUGCAUUUAAAUGUCAAGGACUGGGUAAAAAAUAAUAGCCUAAAUAAACACUGGAAUUUGCUUGAGAUUGGGUUUGCUAGCCUCUCACCAAUAACACCUCAAUACUAUAUGACUGAUGAAAAGGGAAGUUCAGCUAAUAGGUUGAUUACCAACAGCUGAUCUCCUUUUUAACUCAACCUUUCCUAGGAAAAUGAUCAAGGGCUUAGUGUGUGGAUCAAGUGGUAUAAUAGCCCUUUGCCUUGCAUGCUCAAGGCCCUGAGUUCAAACAUGAAUAUCAUCCUCCCAACCCCAAAGAAGUUCUUCCUUCUGAAGAAAUUUUGUUUGAGCUAUAAUCAGAGGUAAAUAGUGAAGUGUGAUAUCUAUCACCAUUCAUCUUGGUGCUUGGGACAUGGGCUGUUCAGCAAGUGUCCUUCAUGGCAGUGGAAAUAGUCAAGCAGUUUCUGAGUCAAGUGGCCUUUGUAGAGUUCUCCCUUUCUUUCCUCAGGAGUUUCUUUUAAGCAAGAUGCAUAUUUGUAUUUCCCAUGUCUGGUUAGGGUGGGGCAUACUAUAUAGGUGUAUGUAUUGUGGCCUUUUUAAAUGUAAGGACUAGCCCUUGGAAGUCAUUGUCCUGCGGGCCCCACUGUGCAAUAAUCCUGCUAGAUAGGUUUUGGGUAAUUCUUUCCUGGAAAGUAAACUCUUAGGGACUAGCAGGAUUCUGGAAUCUUGCUUUUCUUGAGAAGGAUAAUUCUUGGUUCCAAGUUAAUCAUUUUCACCAUGUUUGAAAUAGAAGCUUUGAAAGAGUGAUCUCUGUCCUUAGUGCUAAAUGAUAUUGUCUGAAAUCUCAUUUUCUGAAAGUUGGUUCUUCCUGUCAAAAUCCAAGUCGUCUAACAAUUAAAUGGAGGCUUGUAUCUCA